AUGGAUGCAAGUUGGAUAAUUAAUUUAAUAUAAUCUAAAAAAAAGAAGUCACUUGGGGAGGAGUACCUCCCCCACUGGCCCGCAGCCCUCGCCUCUACAUGUCCCUUACUUGUGGAGCAGGAGAGAGGGUCCCCCCUCGCCCUGUCAUAAGUCAUAACCUCUCUCUAGAGUUUUAAAGCUAGAUUUUUAGCUUUAAGUUUAACUGCUGCAACAAAUUUUAUUAACUUUAAAUUUCCAGAAUAUUCCCCCCCCCCCCUUCUAUUCUCCGAAUCAAAGCAAAUUUCUGGCAAAAAAGAGAAUAAGUUCCUAUUUGAUAUCGGCGCCUUCUUGAAGACUCAGAUUAGAAUUUUAUUAACAUUUCGAAACAAUAAUUUCGGAGCUCCGUAGACUAUAUGCAAAGAUACACCAGGCGAGGGGGGACCCUCUCUCCUGCUCCACAAGUAGGGGACAUGUAGAGGCGAGGGCCGCGGGCCAGUGGGGGAGGUACUCCUCCCCAAGUGA